GACAGCAGCAGCGUCCAAAGGCGCGUGUCGUUUCACUAUUGGUCUGUUGCCUUAGAAUGAAUCCAACCUCAGAGAAAGAUAUAAAUCGCAUGUCUCUCUAAUUACCUUGAUUUUUUCCCUGUUGGUCAGUGACAAUGAUGACUCCGUCUCAGCAGCAAGAGGAUGAGGAGAUGCUUGUGCCGCAUUCAGAUUUGGUUGACGGCACUGCUCAGCCCAUGGAAGUUUCGGAAACUGAGGCUGCUGUGAGUACUGUGGAGAACCAGCAGCCAGCUGAGGAUCCUCCUACUCUGAAAUUCACGUGGACUGUCCCAAACUUCUCUAGGCAAAACACCAGGAAGCAUUACUCCCUAGUUACUCUGUUAUAUCUUGUUUGUCCAGUAUGCAUUUUGAUUGGUCGACACCAUUUGGAUUUGCUUGUGCAGGCGCAUAUUAAUUUACCGGAAAGGGAAUAAUGUCGACCAUCUCUCCAUGUGCUUGGAUGUUGCUGAUGCUGCGAGUGGGUUUUGCCGUACGGUUGGAGCAUAUACUCUCAGUUCAGUCUGGCUGUAGUCAAUCAAAUCCACACCUGAUAUACCAUUAGAAAAGGAAAUCAAGUUUGAACCAUGUGUCAUGUGCGAACACCUGGAUAAGAAAACUUUUUAGAAUGUGUCAAAUCGAAGAUGGAAGGCCGCUACCCAGCUGUGACUUCGUUUCUUGAGUAUGGCCAGAGUCGACAGCUAGUCCAAUUUCCUGCUCUGGAAAAACCUUAAGAAGAUGAAUUUGUUUUUGAGUUAUCAAAGUUGCACACUUAUGACGAUGUCAUGGAAACUGAGUGGCCAAGAAGCUUGGUCUUUGACGAUUCAUCCAAGCUUAGGCUUACAUCUCACAAUUGCUAUUCCUAGCAACUCAAGCCUCAGCCUAUCAAAUACAGUGGAGUAGGCCAUUCGUUGGAUAUGUUAGUUCACUACAAUCAGACUCGGCUCUGCCUACCUCUUCGAGAUUUGAGUUCGCUCUGAUGCUACGUUCUGACAUUGCAUUCUCUAACGCCUCCGCUACUUGUGCUCCCAGUCCCAUCCUCGCCAUGUCUAGCCGUCAUCUGAAUAUCGCCGCCUCUCGAAAACCUCGCCAAGUCGAUCUUCUCAACUUGUCUCCAAUGGAGGGAUCCGCGAUCAAAGGGGUGAGUAUGCUGACAUUGAACGAAAGUGAUACUAAGAAAACCAGACCAAGAAAACGCGACAUUGGGAGGAUUUGCGUAAGAGGAUAUAACACUCAGUUUUCCCAUGAUGAUGUAGUAAACGCGUUGAGGAAACAUUUCGCUUCAUGUGGAGAGAUCACAGAUGUUUAUAUCUUCGAAAAGACUGAUGGUCUACACAGUUUUGGUUUUAUUUAUUUUCUGGGAGAGGGCGCAGUUGACAAGGCCUUGCAACUUAGUGGAAUUGACGUGGGAGGAUGGACCGUCAUUGCUGAGCCUUAUCCGUUUAUGGAAGAUGCAGGCUGCUACCCUGCUGUAGUUGUUCAAGGAUACGACACUCUUCUUGAUAACGCUGAUAUCGAGAAAAUGUUGUUCGAACAUUUCUCUUCAUGUGCAGAGGUUACUGAGAUCCGUGUUCACAAGAGGAGCAUUGGUGCAGCUGUUGUAGAGCUUUAUGGAGAAGAUGCUGAACAAAAGGUGAUGGAUCUUGAUGGGAGCAUCAUGGUAGGACGCAAAAUAAGUGUUAAGCUUUAUACUGCGCCGACUGUUUACAGUGUCCACCCUCGUCGUCGACGUAACCGUAAUUAUUAUCCAGUUGCAUUGUGUUUUGAUUCUUGAUUCCUGCUUCCUCUUAACCAAGCCUAGGAUGACUUCUCAAGAGUAGAAAAGCUCUCUGAUCUACUGUGAGAAGGCAAAGACAAGCUCCAUGUUGUUUGCAUCUUUCUGAAAUAAAUGCAACCUUUUACUCUAUUACUUUUAUAUGUUUUUUCUGGAUUUUAAAAUAAACUAUGAUCAUCAUCUGCUUUCAUUUGUAACUUUUUUAAGUAAUGUAUUUUAUGCUUCGAGCGCUUUAAACUAAAA